CGAUUUCUUCGUCCAUCGCAUGGAAGAUUGGACGAGUUGCGUCUCUUUGAUUCAAUUCAUUCUGGAGCCACGACGGACUUCGGUUUAACGUUCCUCGGAGGCGGUGCUGACGAUCUCGUCACCACGAAUGCUGUGCGUGGAGGCGAAUCUGAGCUUGCCGGCCCAUGCCAGCCAUGCAGGCGCUUGCAGGGCCUUGUCCAGCCAUCCUAGAAUAGAUCGCAUUGUCUUCAGCCUAUCACAGGCCUGAGAUCAUACUGCGCAUACAGUGACCAACUGAGACCCUCCAACUAUCUAGCCGCUGAACACCUGUGGUCGUAGGUGUGCUCUGAUCCGCCUUCCGCCCAAUUUGCUCUUUGGUUUCCUCAUGGUUGUUCGUCCUCUUAAUCCCGUGCUGCAGAGAAGCCGCAGGUGAAUGCAAUCCGUUGCGCCAUAACGCAUAUCCACCGGCGCCAAACCGUAGCGCCUGUCCAGACAAAAGGCUCCCAUCUCCUCUAGCUCAUCGCUGGGCUGGACCUGAGAGCAACAUUAACUGUCACAUUCUAUAUUCGUUUGCCUACUACUCCUCACCUCAUAAUCUUCAGCCGUUCGAAAGGUCUACACACUAGAAAAACUCGAGAUGCCAACGGAUCGCCAGACACCUCCUCCACAAGUAGUCGUCACCCAGCCCGACACCUCCAAGGACAUUAGAACACCUCGCACAGCCAGAUUCGCCGAAGCUACAGCAGUUUACUCUCCCAUCGAACCAUCAGAAAAGUCCAAUCCAUUCGCUGAUCCCCCAACAAAUCAUUACGUACCACAGGCACAGCCUUCAGACAUAGGUUUUGGAUACCUCCGUGAACAGCACAUAUCAGUCGAGAUGGAAGAAACAGACCCGAAAUACUUGCCGCCUCCGACGCCGAAGGAGCCUCUCAAAAGUCCUCUGAAAAGUGCUUUGAAGUCUCCUGGUGCGCCACCAAAGAACAUGAAUGCGAUCCUCAGCCCAACAUUUAGGGAGGAGGAGAUCUUGGAGAAGGCGGAAGCAGACACCGAGAAGGAGCAAGAACAAGAUCUGAAAGUCAAGACGCGAGUGCGCGUCGCAAAGUUUGUGCUUAGAGGCGUUAACUUCAGCUGCUCUCUGAUUGUCCUUUCAAUGCUUUCUACAACCUUUGCAAUCUUCAACGCUACAAAGUCAUUACCACCUCGCAAUAACCUUCCGCCUUGGUCAAGCGUCGGCAAAGUCUGGCCUCAGGUUACUCUUCUAGUCAUUGCUUGCAUAUCGCUCUUCCUGUGUAUGGUCAUCUUCUACGGCUACUGGAAAGGUGGCCACCGGAGAGCGGAAAAGGUUGCGGUCUACUACACUACAUUUGCUGUUGGGUUCUUCAUCUUCAGUAUCGUCAUGUGGGGCGUUGGCGCAGUGAUAUUAAACCAGAGCAAGGCCAACGGUAAAGGACAGGAUAUUUGGGGGUGGAGCUGCAACGACAACACGCGCAGAGCUCUGUUCCAAGACGAUGUCGCCUAUGCACUCAUCUGUCGUCUUCAGAACUGGUCUUUAGUCUGCUGCAUCAUCGAGGUGGUCGUGGAAGUUUUCACCAUUGCCAUCUAUGGUGUUGUCUUCUACCGAUUCUACUCGAAGCGCAAGCUGCGAAAGUCGAUGGCCAUCCGGGAUAGGGCUCGAUCAGACUUGUACCUAGCUCAACUUCGAUCGCAGUCCGUACCCAAUACUCCAGGUGGGCCACUUUCGCCCCGCGAUGGCGGCUGGCGUCCGCCAGUUGGCCAUCCGCUCAACAAGGAUUCGCUCUCUCAAGCAGAGAAAGGAGAAAGCGAAUACUUCGCUCGCAAGAUCGCCGAGCCACAACCAUUCCAGCUAAUGCCUGCACCGACAAAAGCCAAGCCUGCUGCAAAACCAGCCUUCGCAGUGCCAGAAGAGACACCUUCACCGUCCAGCCCGUUGCCGUUAGAGACACGGCAAGCUCAUGCCCCAACCGCCGAAGGGGAGACGCAGUAUGGCGAGGUGGCAAUUCCAGGUGCCUAUGCAACUCCGUCCAGUCCAGGGUUUGCACCAGCGCAGCCAGCUAUGGGAGGAUUUGACUUUGGCCUGCAAAACCAGAGGUAACAAUAUACCACAUGGGUCAUUUUUUUCAAUGUCUUUUGUAAUUCUUCUUCUGAGACAUUCGCUCCGAAGACAAUGAAAAGAAUUCUUGGCUCGAACGUCUGCUCAUUGAUACCUAAGAAGCUUGGGAGUGGCGUACGUUGUCCAGAAAAACGCUGUGUAUAAGACGUUAAAGGAAUUCUGGAUCUGCAUGAUGCCACGUUGGGAGUUAUGAGGUGGGAUAAGUAAUAUACCAAAUGCACAUAUGACAAUCUUCAAUUAAUUUUAUUCUUUUU